AUGCCGCAUUCCUCUGAAGCCGUUGACCCGCCGGCCUCCCAAUCCUCGUCUCCCGGCAUGCAGCCAUGGUCGCGAGAGGUGGGUUGCGAGAGGUGGGUUGCGAGAGUGUGCCUGGAGCCGCGCACUGUCACACUCAAUGCUCAUGAUCGCAACGCCGUACUCACGCUGCCAUUGCCUCCCGCACUGGGUGGGCAGGAGGACGCGGUGCUGCUGCGCCACGCGCUGCAGUGCGGCACGAAGCAGUGGGGCGAGCUGGGGAGGAGCGGUCAGCUCAAGAGGAGCAACAAGUCGUGCUGUAACCGUUACAUCUUCCUCCGAAGGAAGUUCACUCACCGCUUUCGCCAGAACUUCCUGCGAACGCACCUGGAAAUUGGAGACAGUCAGCCGCUGCUCUGUCAGGAUUUCAAGCAGCAGCAGCAGCAGCAGCAGCAGCAGCAGCAGCAGCAGCAGCAGCGUGCAAAGGGCAUGGGUUCGGCUGCCCUGGCGUUCGGGGGCCUGUCGUUGGACGAGUGCAUGACGGUGUUCUUCUCCCCCAAUGCACCCUGCUGCCACCCACCUGCCCCACCCAACCUCUCACCUUUUGCCACCCCUCCUCCUGCUUCCCAGGCUCCACGUUUUUCUUCCCAAGCCGCCACCUUCUCUGCUGCUGCUGCUGCUGCUGCGUCUACCAUCACCGAGUUCCCAUUCGCCCAUGAUGCCUUCCCCGUUGCUGCUGCCUCCAACUCCGCUGCUCUGCGUCGUGGGGUGGAGCGAGGUGGGUUGGUGCGAGGGGAGGCGGUGUGUAGCACGGAGUGGCGGCGUCAGUCAGUGGCAGAGCAGUUCCAACAGCAGGGGGAGAGCAGGCGCGUGCAGCAGCAGGGGGAGAGCAAGCGCGUGCAGGACGAGGAAGCAGCCCUUCUGGAUGCUCUGCUGCAGGAGGAGCAUCGCCAGCAGCAGCAGGGAGGAGUGGCGAGCAGGGCGCAGCGAAUGUUGUGGCCGCGCGUUGAGUCGGAGAGUGCCCUUCCAGACGACGUGCUGCUGGGGUGCAGCAGCGACGAACCUGCCUUCAUCCAGCGCUCCUCUCUUUCGGCUCCUCCGCCCACCCAGCCACACACAGCGCUGCCAGCGCCGAAGCUGCCCCAGCUCGCUGCUCUGCCUGGUUCCGCUGCCUGCACUGGGAAUUCCAUUUUUUGCAUUGGGGAUCGUGCAGAGGAGGCAGUGGAGUGGCCGCGCGUUGGGUCGGAGAGUGCCCUUCCAGACGAUGUGCUGCUGGGACUGUGCUGCGAGGGCUCUGGUUUCACGCACUGCUCUUCUCUCGCAGCUCCUCCACCCACCCAGCCACAUGCAGCGCUGCCAGCGCCGAUGCCCUCCCAAGUGGCUGCUCUGCGUGGCCCCGCUCCCCGGGACGUGAGCAGCUGCAUUACAGCGACUGGGAGCACGUGUGGCACACAGGAACAGGAAUACCUGGACGCAUGCGUUAACGUGCCCAGUAGUGGAAACAACACCGACAGCAACGGCAACAACGGCGACGAUGCUCCCUUUCUCGACACGCCCCUGGCUCACAUGCUGCUGGGUGGGCGUGCCCUUCCUGUGCCCUUGAAUUGUGCGCCUCAGCAACAGGCGCUGGCAGCACUUGGUGCUGCUGGGACAGGCCCUGAUGCUGCUGGGACAGGUCCCGGUGCUGCUGGGACAGGCCCUGGUGCUGCUGGGACAGCACUGCCAGAGUGGGUGAUGGUGGAGCAGGGAGGGGUCGGGGAGGGAGGUGGUCAGCUGCAGAGGCAGCAGCACUUUCUCACUCCGGAGGCCACAUUUGCACAGUGGAAGGGUUCUCAGCACCUAGAGCUUGAGCGCAUGUUCUUGCUGCCACCACACCAGCCACAGCGCCAGUCUCUCCCACAGCCACCCCCAAAGGCACUGCCACAGACGCCUUUGCUGUCAGCCCCUUCUCAGCGUCCAAUGGCGCAUGGCGCCACCAGUGCACUGAACACGCCCUCGAACCCAAGGGGUUCGCACAUGCAAGCUCUUAUACAGCCACGCCCGGCCAUGCUGCAGCAGCCCUUCUCCUCUGGUGCUUUACUACCAGCUCUCUGCCCACCCCAUGCUACCUCCUAG